AUGCUCACGCAUGAUCCAGAUGGAAGGCAGCUCGAUUCAGAGCUAUUGCUUCAUCUUGUAGAGAAUGUUAUUUGUUCGACACUGUCUGAUGUUUCUGAUGCUCAAUCUGAUGCCAAUAUUAAUGUGGGAAGCAUUGAUAUGAUCGGAUCAGACGAGCCACUUGGAUGCACCAUAUACAAGAUCUCACACGAGAUACUCUACAGGUGCUUCGAGCAAGGAAAUUUGCACACAAAAACAAUGGUUUUGCUCGAAAUGGUCAGUCAUUUCAGAUGGGAUGCCAAAGUGGUCUUAGUACUAGCAGCCUUCACGACUCGCUAUGGCAUAUUUUGGCUCAUACAACAGCUACAUUUUGAUAACGUAUUAGCAUUAUCGCUUGCAAUACUUAAACGAUUCCCAAGAGACAUCAUGUUUGACCCAAAAUUUAAAGCUCUUAUUUCGUUGAUCAACUGUCUGGUGAAGGUGACAAAACUCGUAGAAAUGAUGGCAAGCCUGCCUGUGUCACAUGACCAUAAGGCAAUGGCUACUAUGAAUUCUAAUAUCUACAUGGCCACAUAUUGGAUCAUUCGAAGCAUAUUGGAGUGUACGUCUCAGAUUACAGAUCCACAAAGCGUGAGACAUGAGCAAGUGAGUUUAAAUGCAAAAAUUGUCGCAGCAUGGACACUAUAUAGUCUAGGCAACAAGUUAAACAGCUUGUGCCAUGAUCUGGAAGAACAAAUAGAUACAAGUUUGCAAGCGAAGCUGCUAACUAUUUUUAAGGAAAAGCAUACUGAUAAUCAAGAGGUGCUGCAUACAUUAUUUUCAUGUAAAGUUGAACUUCCUUUCAAGGAUCACUCCUCACAAAAGAAGGUUGACAUUUUUGAAUUGAAGAAUAAGAUAGUGAUACUCUUGAUCUCAAAGCCGGAGCUUCUCCCCCUAGACAAACUACUUUUUCUGGUGCAGCAAACAUAUGACCAUCCCAAACACAAGCAAAUUGAAGAAAACUAUGCUAUAUUAUGGGUUCCAAUUCCAUCUGCAAAUGAAUGGAGCCUUGAUGAGAAAAGAAUUUUCGAGGUUUUUUCGAGUUCUUUGCCUUGGUUCUCAGUAAGACAGCCUUGGACACUAAAUUCAGCAGUGGUGAACUUCAUCAAACAAGAAUGGAAGUUGAAAGAAGAACCUUUAAUGGUAGUUUUGGAUGUAAAUGGGAUGGUUACGAACUCAAAUGCUAUGGAUAUGGUGUGGAUUUGGGGGGCCAAAGCAUUUCCUUUUUCAAUAUCAAGGGAAAAAGAGCUUUGGGAAAAGGAGAAAUGGUCCCUUGAACUCAUGACCAAUGGCAUCAGCCCUUUAUUGACCAAUGGGGUAGAGGAAGGCCGAAAUCUUUGCAUCUUUGGAAGCGAAAACAUAGAUUGGAUUAGAGAAUUCACUGCCAAAAUGAAGAAAAUAAAAGAUGCAGGCAUUCGACUACAACUGGUAUAUGUUGGCUGCAGAAAUUCAUCCAAUCAAACUAUGCAAAACAUUUUAAACAUCAUUAAUCAAGAACAGUUAAGCAUUUCCUUAACCUCUGAAAAAAUACAUUUCUUUUGGUUCCGGCUGGAGAAUAUCAAAAGCUCAAUAAUCCAUCAAGAAAAUACAGAUAAAAUUGCAAAAGAAGUGGCAGAAUUUCUUGAUUUCGGAGAAAAUAAGGAGGGUUGGGCAGUGCUUGGGAGGGGUUCUUCAACUGAUGUAAUAAAACUUUCAGUAGAAACUGUUGCAGAAUUGGGUUUUUUGGGUGCCACGGAAGAAACCCUAAAAACUUCAUUUCCUUCUGAGCCUUGCAAUCACACUGAUUUGGUUCCAUAUGAAGAAGGAUUGAUCGAAAGAAGUGUGAAUUGUGGAGUAUGUAAACGUCCCAUGAAGAAGUUUGUUGUCUACAAAUGUGAUGUAGCUGCUGAAUAG